CCCGAGCCCGUGGCAACGCCCAGCCCCAACCAGCCACGAGGGGACGCGGGCUUGAGCGCAGCAGCGCCCGAAGGAAAGGAGACACCCUAACCCAGCCUGCCAGCCUCGCGCGCCCGCCCUCGCCUGCGAUCGCCGCCUUCGUCGUCGGAGCGGCCCACCUCCAGCCCCGUCUCGUCUCGCCCCGCCAGACGCCCGAGAGCCGCCGUCGCCCUCGCGCCGCCUGCCCGCAGCCAUGGAAACGGGGCUGAUCUUUCUCUGCUCUCUGCUGGUUCCAGUGAUGCUGGUGGAUGUGACUGAUCAAGAGAAGGAAAAUGACCCCUUUAACUAUGACUACCAGAACCUUCGGAUCGGUGGCUUGGUUUUCGCUGUGGUCUUCUUCACUGUGGGGAUCCUCCUUAUACUGAGCAGAAGAUGUAGGUGCAGUUUCAACCAAAAGCCAAGGGCUCCUGGAGAGGAGGAGGCACAGGGGGAGAAUUUGAUUGCCUCAAAUGCAACAGGAGCACAAAAAGCAGAGAACUGAACAGAAAUUACGAGAUCUAGAGACCAGACAACGGACAAGCGGACCUCAGAUGCAAAUGAUGUGAAGAGAGGCUGAGGUGAAGGACCUGCCUGGGUCCUUGCAGGGAGAUGCUGCCAGCUCUGUGUCCAUGUUGGGCUGUGUCCUGGAACAUCGGUUCUCUCUUUAAAAAAACUCCCCCACCCCCAACUACUGCCAAUACCAUCCACCUGUGUAAUGUUAAUCCGUGGUGACCGUUGCCUCCAGUUCGAUGUUGUUGUGUGAGUCUGUUUCUCUUCACUUCCCUCAUGCUGUUUUGACGUGAUGCUCCAUCCUUGGAGAGUGAGAAAGGAGGUUCCUUCGGCCUGUGCAACAUCCCCAUAGGGUAACUUCUCUUCCUUGUACCUUUCCAUGACCUCAGAUGCUGGCAAAAGCAAUGAAGUGGGGCUGGGGGAGAUAUAUUUAUGCAUAUAAUGUGCAGUGUUCAGCCAUAAGAGCAGAGAUCCAGCCCUGCCCCCCUCCGUCCCCUUCCCCUCUCCGUAAGAAAAAUGCUGUGUCCUCUCUCGCCUCCAACCAGUACUCAGCAAGGCCUAUGAAGAGAAGCCCCCUGCCCAUGCCACUGUGAUGCCAGCCUGAGGGAAGAUGCUAGUGUCAUCUGGUGAAGCGGAAGGAGGAGGAAGGGUGAGGGGAGAGCUCUCAUUUCCCAACUCCACAUGUGACUAGGAGAGGAAGAUGUCAGCAACGGCACUGCCUCGCUUACCUGGGAGUGCUGCCUCUGCAAAUCUCUGCCCUCCAGCCCCCUCCAGCCAUGCCACUGUGUGGGGAGAUCUGCAGAGUUUCCAGGUUUCUUCUGCAAAGCCUUGGAAGGGUGACAUCCUCACUUCACACAGGCUUGUCUGGAGCCAUGCUGUGCAAUUGCUCCUGGGCUUAGGGCCGAAACAGCACCAAAAGGCAGGAGCAUUUAUCUUUUGCAGAGCUCAGCCUCCUCCACCCCAUCACUGCCCCACCAAUUUGUCGCCACCAGGUUGUCUUUCCACAAUGCUUUACGCAGCCACAUGUGCAAAUUCAGCUGUUAAAUUUGUUCCAAUGCAAGGUUUGCUCUAUGUCAGAGCCACUGCCCCCAUGAACGAUUCAAGUCAGCUCCCUGCCAUUGGAAGGAGGGAAUCCCUCUCCUCUUCCUUGUCUGGGACAGUGAGGAUUUGCAAAGGGAUUUGACCCCUGUCUCAGUCAGCACAGUUUAGCCCCAGGAAGAUCACUCUCUGCCCGGCCCAGCCAACUUUUGGUUUCCGACCUUGAUGGACUUAGGCCACUGGGAAUGCCUGUGCAGGGCAGUGUGAGUGCUGUGCUUGGGGCCACCUGCCUCCCACCCAGGUGGCCUCAUCUCCCGCUCACACCAAUGAGUGAGUGGGCCACCCUGCUCUGCCCCCUCCACCAGUGUUUGCUGUGUGUACACCACCAGUCGUCUGUUGCCAUGUGCCUCUCCGUUGUGUCUGUAGUAUGCAGUUGGUAACAGCCAUUUAACACACCUGGUAGAAAGCCAUCCAGCUGUAAAAGUGUUGUAACUCUGAAAACCAAACCCACUGUUGUGUCUUCAUCUGAAAUAGGCAACCCUGCUGUGCUGCUGUGAUAAAGGACUGUUGCAUUUUUGUGUUGUGUCCCAAAACCCACAUGAGAAGAGGAAUAAAAUAUCAUUUCUAUUUCA